AUGUCGGUGUUGGUUGAAAUGGCCGUUCCACUCUUCAUUUUUGCCGCUACCCUGUGCCGGUUUGUGGAAGAUCCAGCGUGGUCGGACCCAACAGGCCAGCUGAAAAAGCUUCUUGAGUAUCGACAAAUGAAGGGUGACUCUGAGAUGGACAAGCUAGAUGCCACUUACUCUCCAAUUCUGAACCAGCUAAUCCAUGGAUGUCCAGAAAAGGCACAGAAAUCACUGGUGGAGAGGUUUCGACGCAUUGUAGGCACAAUUGUUCAUCCAGCUGAGCCUGUUUCACGGUCAUCCCUAGCAUCUUUGCUUAAUAUCGACAGCCAACAGAUUGAAGGACAGCUCUCAUCCCUGCAUUCGGUCCUUAGUGUGCCAUCCUCUGCAGAAUCGCCAAUCAGGAUGCUGCACUUCUCAUUCCGUAAUUUCCUCAUUGCCCCUGAAAAACGUCACACGGAUCCGUUCUGGGUGGAGAGACGGAAACUCACAAGAUGGUCAUGGCCAAAUGCCUUGAAAGAAUGUCCCAACCGGGGAUUCUUCAAGAAAAUAUAUGCAACCUGCCGGGCCAAGGGACACUACGAGCUGAGAUCGAUGGCAGAAUUCCUUGACGACGCAAUGCGGUUUAUUCGAAAGAACAUCUCGGUAAUUGAUCAGGCGUCUCUCCAGCUCUAUGCAUCAGCACUUAUUUUUACCCCAAAAGAAGUACAAUUAGGAAUAAAUAUAUCGAUAAAAUCCCUAGUUGGAUUCAGAGAUUACCAGCUGUGGGAUCCGGCGACUGGCAUCCUGCGGCAGACGCUUGAUGGGCAUUCUGAUUCAGUUUGGGGAGUAGCAUUCUCUCCCGACGGCAAGCUGGUGGCCUCGGGCUCUUAUGAUGAGACAGUCAAGCUGUGGGAUCCAGCGACUGGCACUUUGCGGCAGACUCUCGUAGGCCAUUCUGGUUGGGUUGGAGCAGUGGCGUUCUCUCCCGACGGCAAAUUUCUGGAGACUGAUUAA